GCUGCUGCUGCUGCUUCAGAGCUUCACUGGCUACACAGAAAACCUGCUCAGCAAGCGAGCCAUGACCCCGGCGCAGGCUGUGGGACCCUGCAUGUCCGCAGGGCUGACAGUGAGGAGGUUCUGGUGCAACAUGCUGAAACUGGGCGCCUUCUACCAGCAACUCCUGGCCGAGAAGAAGGCUUGCAAGGAGAAGGUCCCCACGCCACAAUCCACUCACCAGGCUGGGAAACCUGAGAAGGAGCACCUGAAACGUGGCUCGCCUGACGGUUUGGAGUUAAGAACUUCCACAGAAGUUGCUCAGCCCACUUCUCUGUGCCCGUCAUCGAGCGUCCGUGCACCAGCCAGCGCCGCCUCGCGCAGCUCCCCGCCCAGGGCUGCCUGCAGCACGGCCAAGGGCAGCUGCAGCAUCCCCACGCAGACGACUGGGUCAUCCCAGGGACCCUGCGACUCCUGCGCCAGUGCCCAGGUCAGCCUCCACAAGCUCAGCAAAGCCAUCACCAGCAUCUGCCAGAGCCAGAACAUCCCCUCAGCUCUCAACAAGUUCCAGGAGGUGGUGGAGGACAGCACAGGGAGAAGGACCCUUUCUGCAAAGGACAUGAGCUACUGGGCCUCAGAGCAGAGCAAGGACCUCUCCCGGAUCAGCAAACACCUCCAGACGCUGCUGCAGCAGCUCGACUCUCUGAAGUUGGAGCUGCAAGAGUCGGAGAAACAGAAGGACAAGCUGCAGAAACAGGUUGAGGACUUUUCCCGGUUGCUUCAGGCAGAGAAGGAGACCCAGGCGCAGCAGAGGAAGGAGGCUGAGCAGAGCCUGCAAGCAAAGAACAAGGAGCAUUUAGAGGCUGUGGCCAGACUGGAGCGGGACAAGGAUGACCUCCGGAAAGGAGCUGCUCUGCUGGAAGAGCAACACUCUGCCUUGAAGAAGGAGCUGGCAGCGAAGCAGGCUGCUGUGCAGGAGCUGGAGAACACCAAGACGACCUUGCUGGAGGAGAUGAGGACCACGAUGGUGGCCAGGAGCCAGGUGCUGGACCUGGAGGAGAAGGUGCAACUGCUCACCAGCCAGCAGGAGAACCUGGGCCAGGAGCUGAGCACCACCACCACCCAGCUGGAGAAGGAGAAGGCCAAAGUGGAGAGCAUGCUGAGGCACGAGCAGUCCCUGCAGGCCAAGCAGAUGGCCCUGCUGCGGCAGCUCGACAGCCUGGACCAGGAGCGCGAGGAGCUGCAGGCCAGCCUGGGAGCGGCCGAGGAGGAGAAAGCUGGGCUGGCAGAGCAGCUGGAGCAGAGCCAGAAGCAGAGCGGGCGCCAGCUACGGGCACAGCAGGAGCUGCUGGAUGCGCUGCAGCAGGAGAAGCUGAGUCUGGAGCGGGCGGUCGCAGAGCUGCAGGCGAACGUCUCCAGGCUGGAGGAGCAGGCGCAGGAGCUAAAGCAGCAGGAGAGGCUCCUGGUGUGCUUCCCCGAGCUCCACACCCCCACCGAGAUCCCAUUUGAGAGCACCGGUAGCUUGACCGAGGACAUGGAGAAGCAGCUCCAGGCCAACACCAUCCGGGUCAGCGUGCUGGAGCAGGAGAACGUGCGGCUCAGGUCUGCGCUAGCCAAGGUGAAGGUGGCCGCCGAGCAGGGCGUGCUGAAGCUCAUCCCACAGACCCAGCUGUGGCCUCAGCUCAGCAGCCAGCACAGCGGGGAGGCCAGCAGGCAGAACGCAGGGGGAGCAGAGACCCAGAGGAAGGGAAGGGAGCUCUCCUCUUCUUCCUCCCGC